AUGAUCUCUCGACCUACCUCCCUCCCACGUACUUUUAUACCCCGCGUCAUUUCAGCGCAAGGUAUAAUUUGCCGACGGCAUCGUUCGACAAAGCAAGGCUUUCAUGAUGUUGCUAUUGCACCGCCAGUUCAGCCUCCCAUCGAGCUGCCAUCAAUGGCAAGGCUGCCAACAAAGCUGCUAUUGCGCUCUUUAGUCUUGACCUCUCUUAUGACCUCGAAAAUAUUCCUGAAGCCUGCAUUAGCUCUAUUGAACGUUCUCAGCAACUCCAACUCCGCCCUUUUGAAUGCCGAUCGAAAUCCAAUCCUUAACAAACUUCUUCGAUGGACUGUCUAUAAUCAUUUUUGUGCCGGAACGAAUCGCCAAGAGGUGUCAAAGACUGUUGCACAGAUCAAGGGUAUUGGAUACCAGGGUGUGAUUUUGGGCUAUUCAAGGGAGAUUGUUCUCGCUCCCAAUGAGAAGUUGGCUCCCAGUGACUCUGGCACUACGACCUAUAGCGAUAAGUGUUAUGAGACUGUGGAAGAAUGGAAAAAUGGCACACUCGAGACUCUGCGGAUGGUUGGGCCUGGGGACUUCCUUGCUGUCAAACUCACAGGUGCCGGCCCAAUCUCCCUCGACGCUAUGGCAGCCAAAAAGCCCAUGCCAGAUGUGAUGGUCAAAGCUAUGGAUGAAAUCUGCACCGCGACAAAGGAACAAGGUUCGCGUCUUUGGCUAGAUGCCGAGCAGCAGGUCCUGCAGAAUGGAUUGGAUAUCUGGGCAAUCGACAUCAUGCGCAGACACAAUAAAUCGGAUACUCCUUUAGUCUACAACACCAUCCAGGGAUACCUCAAGGCAUCCAAGGCAAACCUCGAUAACCACAUUACCCUUGCUGCGCAGGAAGGAUGGACCUUGGGAAUCAAAUUAGUUCGAGGAGCUUAUAUAGAGCAUGAGACCCGCUCCCUAAUUCACGACACCAAAGAAGAGACGGAUGAUUCCUACAACCUGAUUGCGCAUACGAUGCUAUGCCAAAGUAUGCCAGAAGGAAUUAGGGAUUUGAAGUUCCCCAAGGCUGCACUCUUUCUCGCAACGCACAAUGCUGCUAGUGCUGCGACGGCAAUUGCUACUCACCAAAACCUACUUCUUGCAAACAAACCGACUAUCUUGCUGGAAUGUGGUCAGAUCCAAGGGAUGGCAGACGAGUUGAGUUGUGAACUAGUGCAGAACUACGAGCGCGCUUUAAAGGAGUCCUCUGCUGCCAAUAUGUCUGUGCCCAAAGCUUUCAAGUGUAUGGCUUGGGGUUCGGUGGCAGAAUGUAUGCAGUAUCUUCAUCGCCGAGCGAUUGAGAACAAGGGUGCAGUUGAGCGUACACAGCAUAUGGUAGAUGCACUACGGCGGGAAUUAUGGCGAAGAAUGUUUGGCUAG